UCAGCCAGUCUAGAAUGCGGGAGGUGCGGAUGUAUGUUUCGCUCUUGUGCUUGUGUCUUCUUCGACUUGUAUCCGACACCAAUGAGAGCACAGUGUUGUGCAGCAAUGAGUCUGUCUGUCAGUCAACGUGGGGAGUACACAGCGUAUGUGACCAAGGCAAUUGUGACUGUCAGAACUUGUACUAUCUCGCCAACAGCACAACCUGCACUGAGUGCCCAGGUAUUGGGGAGAGCUGCUCUGACUCUCAAUGCUGCAACCAAGACUACCUGAUCUGUCACAAAGGGGUUUGUAUGUGCAUAUACAGCGACUAUUGCUGGACAAUAUCAGCAGCAGAUCGAGAGAGAUUUCAACAUGUGGCUCAAUGCAUUCUUGCAGUUACAUUGAUGCUCACAGCUACCAUCUUGUUCAUUCUCUUUUGGAAAGCUUGUUCAAGGCGAAGUGUGGUGAGACGAAACUUGCGCCAUAACUCUGAUAGCAUUCUCAGUCUCAACUCUAUACAAAGGCUGGUGUUAAUGCAGCUACAAGAUCGUCCUCCUCCGUAUAGUGCCGAGUGGUCUCAACCUACCAAACAUGUGAAUGAACUUUGUGAGCCUCCUCCCAGCUAUAUUGAAGCAGUAGGGACAGCCAGGGUCACUGCGUAUGAAGAGAACUUCACACUUCCCUCCCAUUUAAUAGUUCUCACAAACACUGAAUUACACAUAUAA